AUGGCUGCCGGUGGAGCAGGAUGCGGGGACACGGUGGAGCAGUACCGGGGCGAGGUGGAGCGCCUGACCCGGGAGCUGGCGGAGGCCAACCGCGAGAAGAUUCGGGCGGCGGAGUGCGGGCUGGUGGUUCUGGAGGAGAACCAGAGCCUGAAGCAGCAGUACGCCGACCUGGAGGCCGAGCAGGAGGCGCUGAGGCUGGAGCUGGAGCAGCUGCAGGAGGCGUUUGGCCAGGCCUACUCCACCCAGCGCAAGGUGGCAGAGGAUGGGGAGACCAACGAGGAGACGCUGCUGCAGGAGUCUGCCACAAAGGAGGCCUACUACAUGGGCCGCCUCCUGGAGCUGCAGGCGGAACUGAAACACAGCCGGGCCACAGCCUCCAACACCCAGGCUGACAACGAGCACCUGAGCACCGUGCUACAGGAGCUCAGGGAGAGUAACGAGAUGCUGGAGCUGCAGCGCAGCCGGAUGAGAGAGGAGAUCAGGGAAUACAAGUUUCGAGAGUCGCGGCUGCUGCAGGACUACACGGAGCUGGAGGAGGAGAACAUCUCUCUGCAGAAACUGGUGUCAACGCUGAAACAGAAUCAGGUGGAAUAUGAAGGUCUGAAGCAUGAGAUCAAGGUCCUGGAGGAGGAGACGGAGCUCCUCAACAGCCAGCUACAGGACGCGCUGCGUUUGAAGGAGAUCUCAGACGCCCAGCUGGAGGAGGCUCUGGAGUCUCUGAAGAGUGAGCGUGAGCAGAAGAAACACCUGCGCAGGGAGCUGGUCCACCACCUCAGCAUGUGUGACGUGGCUUACACCGGCAGCGCCCACCUGACAUUCACCUCUGCCCCGCCCAGCGGCACCGCCACCCCCACAACUCUGCUCUCCCCCAACGCAGAGGAGCCCACAAGAUGUAACGGCCACCUCCAGGGCGGGACAGGAGCAGGGCCAGCUGCAGGGCCUGUGCCCAGGGCCAAUGGAGAAUGUCGGGGGCCGGGUCGAAAAUCUGAGGGAGCGGCGACGCUGGACCUCUACAGUGAGAUGAACCUGACUGAGAUCCAGAAGCUCAAGCAGCACAUAAUGACAGUGGAGCGUGAGAAAGUAACGCUGAUGACGAGCCUGCAGGAGUCCCAGACUCAGCUCCAACACACCCAGGGGGCCCUGACCGAGCAGUAUGAAAAGGGGCUCCGCCUUACCCAGAAAGUCACCGCCCUCCGCCGCCUGCAUCGAAGGGCCCACAGCAGUGUCAUCUCCCAGUUCAACCCCGACGCCCUGAUGGAGCUAGGCAGAGAUGAGGAGGAGGCUGAGGGAGAGGGAGAGACUGGGGAGGAUAGGAGCGAGACACUGAACAGAAAUCAGGUGUUUUCAUACCAAACGCCGGGUCUGGAGAUCAUGCAGUGCAAGUACCGUGUGGCUGUGACAGAGGUGGUGGAGCUAAAGGCGGAGGUGAAGGGCCUCCGUGAAAGGCUGGCUCAGUGUGAGGAGGCGGCGGCGGAGGAGAGGCCAAAACGAAACAGUCAGCUGCACAAGAUGGAGAGGCAGGCCGCCUCGUUGGAGAAGAGCUGCCGGGAGGGACGUGAGAAGAUUUCCAGUCUGGAGUUGGAUUUGCAGGCAGCUCAGUCCGCAGCCAAUGAGAGCCAGGGGGCGCUGAUUGCAGCUCAAGACGAGCUGGUGAUGCUGAGUGAGGAGCUCGCCCAGCUCUACCAUCACGUCUGUCUGUGCAACAAUGAGACGCCCAACCGCGUCAUGCUGGACUACUACAGACAAGGCAGAGGGCUCAGGGGCCUCAGUGCCAGUCUCAAAGCCAUGUCCUCGGACAACAGCAAAGUUCUCCUCACACCACGCCUUGCCAGGCGGCUGGCCGCUGUCGCUUCCACAACCUCAAGUCCCGGGGAGUCGCGGAGCCCCUCGGAGUCUCCAUCCAAAGAGCCCCUGUCGAGGGAGGGUGGAGGGGAAGAGAAGGAGGGAGACAAAGAGGGCCUGCAGAUGCCAUCUGAGCAGGGCCCAACGGCCUGCACUCCUCCGACCCGGUCACCCAGUAUCAGUGCCUCUUCAUCGUCAUCAUCAUCAUCAUCGCCUGCCAUGGAGCCAGCCGGUGAGCUGCGCAAGGAGCCCAUGAAUAUCUAUAACCUCAACGCCAUCAUCAGAGACCAGGUGAAGCACCUCCAGCGGGCAGUGGACCGGUCUCUGCAGCUGUCCAGACAGAGAGCUGCAGCCAGGGAACUGGCCCCUCUGCUGGACAAGGACAAGGAGAGCUGCAUGGAGGAGAUCCUGAAGCUCAAGUCUCUGCUCAGCACCAAGAGAGAGCAGAUAGCCACCCUCAGACUGGUGCUCAAGGCUAACAAACAGACGGCAGAGGUGGCUCUGGCCAACCUUAAGAGCAAGUAUGAGGCAGAGAAGUCCAUGGUGACUGACACCAUGAUGAAGCUAAGGAACGAGCUGAAGGCACUGAAGGAGGACGCCGCCACUUUCUCCUCCCUGCGAGCAAUGUUCGCCACCAGAUGUGACGAGUAUGUGACCCAGCUGGAUGAGAUGCAGAGACAGCUGGCUGCAGCUGAGGAUGAGAAGAAGACUCUGAACUCCCUCCUCCGGAUGGCCAUCCAGCAGAAACUCGCCCUUACCCAGCGCCUGGAGGAUUUGGCUUUUGAUCAAGAGCAGACCCACCGCACCCGUGGGGGCAGGCUGAUCCGUGGGAAGACGAGCACCCCCAAAAUUGUCAGUAGUCUUCUGCCACAGUGGCGUUCCUCAUACCCCCCCCACAGCUGA